GGGUACCGGGAUGGUACCGGAGGGUAUUGAGGGGGUACCGGGAUGGUACCGGAGGGUACUGCGGAGUUCUGGGUCCCUUCCGCUCACCCUUCGCCCUCCCGCGGGCCCGGGCCGGCUCCGCACGGGCUGAGCUCAUCUUUCCAGCCCGCGGGCGCUCUUCCCGGCGCUGGCGCCCGCCAGCAGCCGCCGUUCUUUCCAUCGGCCCCGCCAGGGGCUCCCCGCGGGGACCGGGCGGGGGCGGGACCCCGCGUCACUCCCCCCGCAGCCGGCACCGAGCGGGAGGAGCCCGGGGGUACCGGUGCCGCUGAGCACCGGAGAUACCCAGAUGGGCACUGGGCAUAGCGGUACCGGGGGUGCGGGAGGUACCGGGGUCACACCGGGAAUGAGGCACUGAAGAUGCCGGCACCGAGGGGGCUCCGGGGAUGCCAGCACUGAGGGGACACCGGGGAUAAUGGUACCGGAGAUACCGGCACCCAGAGGGCACCGAGAAUGGGGGCACGAGGGUACCGGCAGCGAGGGGACACCGGGGAUACCGACACCGAGCGGCUACCGGGGGUGGGGACUGAAGUGAUGCCAGCACCGAGGGGGCAUCGGGGGUGGGCGCACCGGAGUUCCAGCAGCGAGGGGACACCGGAAAUACCGGCAGCAAGAGAGCGCCGGCGAUGGAGGCACAGGGGGACGCCGGCCCCGGGGCACCGGCAGCGAGGAGACACCGUGCAUACCGAAAGGCCACCGGCUCUGGGGACACCGGGGAUACCCCUGACACCGGGGCCUCCCUCCCCCCCUCCGGCGGCCCCCGGAGCCCCGGGGGGGAUAUGUGGGGAAGCGAGGGGCGCCCGAGCUAUUUUUAGCCGGGGCCGCGGGGGUAUUUUUAGCCGGGGCCGCGGGUGCGUCAAUGGAACCCCGCGUGCGUCACGGCCGCGCCCCCGCCGGGGCCGCCCCCCCCGUGCGUCACCGGCCCCGCGCCGCCCCGCGCGUCACCGAGCGCUUAAGAGAAAGUAGUGGCGGGGCCGGAGCCCGGCGGAGCCCGCGGAGCGGCCGUGGCAGGAGCAGGAACCGGAGCGCCGCAGCGCCGGCACCCGGAGAUGCCCUGCAUCCAGGCACAGUGCAGCACCACGGGCGCCGGCCCCUGCGAGCGCUGCCCGGCCGAGCUGCUCAGCCCCGAGGGCGGCCGAUUCCCCAUGGAAGUGGCUGGAGCCGACCUGGCGGCCGCCCCUGCCCUGCCCAGCUUCAGCACCUUCAUGGAGGGCUACGCCGGCGAGUUCGACGCCUUCCUCUACCAGCUGCCAGCCAGCGGCCAGUCCAGCGCCUUCAAGCUGGAGGACUUCCAGGUGUACGGCUGCUACCCCAGCGCCUUCGGGGGGCAGCCGGACGAGACCCUGUCCUCCAGCGGCUCGGACUGCUACGGGAGCCCCUGCUCCAUCCCCUCGCCCGCCACGCCCGGCUUCCAGCCCCCGCAGGCGCCAGGCUGGGAGGGCUCCUUCGGGGCGUACUCACCGCUGCCGAACUAUGAGGGUGGGCAGCCCUGGGCUGAGCCAGCCAAGGGCGGGGGGUCACAGCCCCCCUUCUUCGCCUUCGGCCCCCCGGCCCCCAGCCCUGCUGGGUCCCCUGCCACCCUGAAGGGGCAGCUUGGCCCCUCGCCCCGUGUGGACCCGCGGCUGCUGGACACGGACGCCUUCCCCCCGAGCCAGGGUGGUCCCAGGGGUUUCGCGGGGCUGCCCCUGGCCCCCACCUCUCCGCUGCUGGAGGGGCCGGCGCUGGCGCCCACCAAGGUGCGCAGCCCCGGGGCAGGUGAGGGCCGCUGCGCCGUCUGCGGGGACAACGCGUCGUGCCAGCACUACGGCGUGCGCACCUGCGAGGGCUGCAAGGGCUUCUUCAAGCGCACAGUGCAGAAGAAUGCCAAGUACAUCUGCCUGGCCAACAAGGACUGCCCUGUGGACAAGCGGCGCAGGAACCGUUGCCAGUUCUGCCGCUUCCAGAAGUGCCUGGCCGUCGGCAUGGUCAAAGAAGUGGUCCGGACCGACAGCCUGAAGGGGCGGCGGGGCCGUCUCCCCUCCAAGCCCAAGCAGCCGCCGGAUGCGUCCCCGGUCAGCCUCAUCACCUCGCUGGUGCGGGCACACAUUGACUCCAUCCCCAGUGCCACCAAGCUCGACUACUCCAAGUUCCAGGAGUCGGCGCCGUGCCCGUUUGAGAAGGAGGACUCUGUGGACGUGCAGCAGUUCUACGACCUGCUCACCGGCUCCAUGGACGUCAUCCGCAAGUGGGCCGAGAAGAUCCAGGGCUUCACCGAGCUGCCCAAGGAGGACCAGGACCUUCUGCUGGAGUCAGCCUUCCUGGAGCUCUUUAUCCUUCGCCUGGCAUACCGCUCCAAGCCAGAGGAAGGGAAACUCAUCUUCUGCAACGGCGUGGUGCUGCACCGGCAGCAGUGCGUGCGUGGCUUCGGGGAGUGGAUCGACGCCAUCCUCGAGUUCUCCCAGAGCCUGCACCGCAUGAGCGUCGAUGUCCCCUCCUUCUCCUGCCUCGCCGCCCUCGUCAUCAUCACAGACCGGCACGGGCUGAAGGAGCCGAAGCGGGUGGAGGAGCUGCAGAACCGCAUCGUGGGCUGCCUCAAGGACCACGUGGCAGCAGCAGGGGCUGAGCCCGGCCGCUCCAGCUGCCUCUCCAAGCUGCUGGGGAAGCUGCCCGAGCUGCGCAGCCUCUGCACCCAGGGCCUCCAGCGCAUUUUCUACCUCAAGCUGGAGGACCUGGUGCCGCCGCCACCCAUCGUCGAUAAGAUCUUCAUGGACACUCUGCCUUUCUGAGUCCCGGGCAAGGGGCUGCCGUGAGCCCCUGACCUGCCUGGGGACAUCUGGGACCCGCCCUGGGCAAUCCUGGCUCAGUCCAAGGAUGCCUGGGAACCCCCUGGGCACCCCUGGGUCACCCCUGGGAUGUCUGGAACAUCCCCUGGGUACCCUAGAUCAGCCCUGGGAUGUUUGUGACCCCCCAUGGGUGACCCCCAGAAUGCCCAAAAACCACCUGGGCAUCCGUGGAUCACUCCCAGGAUGCCUGGAACCUGCCCUGGUCACUCCUGGAUCGGUUCUGGAAUGCCCAGGACAUCCCUGUGGACUCCUGAAUGACCUCUGGGACACCUGGGAUCCCCCCAGGCCAUUCCCAAGACUUUAUGUAUACCCCUGGAUCACCCCCAGAACACCUGGAACCCCACCCCGGGUCAUCCACAGGAUGCCUGGGACCCCCUGGGCACCCCUAGAUCACUCCUGGGAUGCCUGGGACCACCCCUGCAUCACUCCAGGGAUGCCUGGGACCCCCUGGAUCACUCCCAGGACAUCUGGGUCCUCCCUCAGAUGCCUGAGUCUUCUUGGGGGCACCCUUGGGGGUGCCCCACGUGCCUUCACGGCCCAGGGUGAGGCCUCCCAGCAGCCCUGGUGCCGUCUUCCCCGGGGGCAUCGCCGGCGCGGUGCCCUCUUCCCCUGUAAAAACGUCCCUGAUGUAAAUAGCGCCGGCCGGGUCCUGUACAGAGCGGGGGGUGCGGGCGGGGGGUGGCUCCGGCCCCCUCAACCUCGGCCCCUUCCCCUUUAUAUAUAUUUUUCUGGGUUUCCCUCUUUUUGGCCAUUUUCUGUAUAUAAACUUGUACGUACAGUGAGAGGCA